AGCCACGCAUUUUUAUACCGGGCUAUAUGGACGUCUGCUUUUAUAUUCGUCUGUCUUUUAUACCGUGUGCAUUUUAACAAGCAAGUCACAUAAAUUGGAUAACGGUGCACGGAUAGAAGGCAAGAGCUCUACGGCACUGAAAGUUUCCAGGUAGGGCUGGCUGGCAGCAGUGAGACCUGUGUUUAAGGCAUUCUGCUGGAGUAGAGAGAGCUAGUGCUGGACUGGAUGCCCUGCCUGUCUGCUCUGCAGUGGAUUAAUGUUAUCCAGGUGUGGGAGGGAGCUAGGGUGGCCUGUCCUGAGUUCACUGUGCUGCAACACCUGACUGACAGAACAGAGGGGACACUGGGUAGGAGGAUCCCACAUCUAUCUGUGGAACACUGCCAACUCUGCAGAACCUUAGAAUCUCGGAGUCGAGGGACACACCCCAUCAACCCCAUCAAGGGCUCUAGGUCACCCUGUCUUGAAACAGUGCUACUCAGUGCUACCCUCCUCUGCCCCCCCCCCCCCAGUCUGUCUCUGUCUCUGUCUCUCCUCCAUGCCCACCUCAGACCUCCACAAGCCCUGGACACACCAGACGGGAGAGUUGAGACUGACUGACUGAUAGACAGGCAGACAGAGGGGUGGAACAUCAGAAGUGUACCUAACCGAGGACGACAAACAGACCCACUGUCUGGUUUCUCCUCCUCGGUGAAUGGUGCAGUUUCUCGCUGAUUCUAUACUAUUCUCUUCAACUCAAGGGCUCCUAGACUUUUGGGUGAACACUAAAGUACUAGUCCUCGCUAAGGCAUUGGAUUUAAGUUUGCAAAGUAAAACAGAGGACUUGAAUCAGUGACGCAGCAGACCUCAGUUGAAGCCUGAGGGACUAUCGAUGAGCCUGUGACUGUCGCCAUGACAGCCAAUGACAGCAGCUUCCAGUACCUCGCACUCUUCGAGUACAAACGGGAGCAUGGUGAUGACAUCAGCCUCCAGCCAGGGGACAUCCUGACGGUCCUGAAGGCCUCUCUGAAGGACUACCAGGAAGGGGAUGAACACCACAGCCCCAAGGGAUGGCUGCACGGCACCAACGAGCGGACCAAAGAGAAGGGCGACUUCCCCGGGACGUUUGUGGAGUACACUGGGGUGCUGAGGCAGGGGCUGCCUGCCGCCAAGCCCUGGCCCAGACCCGUUCCCCCAACGCCUGGGGGAACACAGAGCAGCGUGGGGCCCGGACACCAGCCUACAGGGGCCGCUGCAGCAGGAGUUGGGGGGCCAGGGGAAGCCCCAGAGGUGUGUGCUCUGCCUGACCAGGUUCCUGUGGCACUACACAGGCUGAUAGAAGCUCUGGAGAGACAAGGGUUGGAGAGUGAGCCUCUGUACCGGACCACCCCAGCCUCCACCGGACCCCCAGAACUGAGACAGGUUCUAGACACAGACCCAGCGUCAGCGGAUGUGGACGAGUAUGAUCUGGUGGUGUUGUCUGAUUGUCUGAGGGGUUUCCUUCAGGACCUGCCCUCUCCCAUCAUCCCAGCCAUGGUCUACAGUGAACUGAUCUACACCGCCCAAGAGACUCAGAGCGUGGAGGAGUGUGGCGAGAAGCUGAAGAAAAUCCUGGAGUCCCCCAGUGUCCCCCAGGCCAACCACCAGCUCCUGGUGCACCUCACCAGACACCUGGUCAGGGUGGCCCAGAGUGGGGCUCAGAACCAGGCCAGCCCCAGGCUUCUAGGCCAGACCUUCAGUGAGGCCAUCUUCAAACAUUCCCACUUCUGUGCGGACGUAAACCCAGAACACCACGUGAAGAUCAUGGAGGCCCUGAUUGCAGCCGGGGGACUGGUGGAGAUACAGGCAGCCCCAGCUCUUCCUCCCAAGCCGGCCAAGCCCAUGACUCCAGUGAGCAGCAGCAACGGUGUGAAGGAAGGGGCUGAGGGAUCGCUACAGGAAGCAGAGUGGUACUGGGGAGACAUAUCAAGGGAAGAGGUGAAUGAUAAGCUGAGAGACAUGCCUGAUGGGACAUUCCUAGUUCGGGACGCCUCCACCAAAAUGCAGGGUGACUACACACUAACACUGAGGAAAGGGGGCAACAACAAGUUAAUCAAGAUCUACCACCGGGAUGGGAAGUACGGUUUCUCAGACCCCCUGACGUUUGGUUCUGUUGUGGAGCUGAUCAAUCACUAUAGACAUGAAUCCCUGGCCCAGUACAACACCAAGCUAGACGUCAAACUCAUGUUCCCCAUCUCACACUACCAGCAGGACCAGCUGGUGAAAGAGGACAACAUUGACGCGGUGGGGAAGAAACUCCAAGAAUAUCACAAUCAAUACCAAGAGAAGAGCAAGGAGUAUGACCGGCUUUAUGAGGACUACACAAAGACUUCCCAGGAGAUUCAGAUGAAGAGGACUGCCAUCGAAGCCUUCAACGAGACCAUCAAGAUCUUUGAGGAGCAGUGUCACACACAGGAACGCUACAGCAAGGACUACAUGGAGCGCUUCCGCCGGGAGGGCAACGACAAGGAGAUUGAGAGGAUCAUGAUGAACUAUGAGAAGCUAAAGUCUCGUCUGGGGGAGAUCCACGACAGUAAGAUUAGUCUGGAGCAAGACCUGAAGACUCAGGCGCUGGACAACAGAGAGACGGACAAGAAGAUGAACAGCCUCAAACCUGACCUCAUCCAGCUCCGCAAGAUCAGGGACCAGUACCUGGUCUGGCUCAAUCACAAAGGAGUGCGUCAGAAACGAAUUAAUGAGUGGCUGGGGAUCAAGAACGAGAACACAGAUGAAGGGUACUUUGUCAGCACAGAGGAGGAUGACAACCUGCCACACUAUGAUGAAAAGACCUGGUUUGUAGGAGACCUGAACAGAACCCAGUCUGAAGACCUCCUACUGGGCAAACCUGACGGAGCUUUCCUCAUUAGAGAGAGUAGCAAGAAAGGCUGCUAUGCAUGCUCCGUAGUUGUGGAGGGUGAGGUGAAGCACUGUGUGAUUUUCAGCACACCGAAGGGCUACGGCUUCGCUGAACCUUACAACCUUUACAGCUCUCUGAAAGACCUAGUCCUGCACUACCACCAGACCUCCCUGGUCCAGCACAACGACUCCCUCAACGUCUGCCUGGCCUACCCGGUCUACACACAGAUGCCCUCCUCCUCCGGCCCUUCCCCACGGAGAUGAGCCCCCCCACGCCCAGAACCCCAACAGACUACCCACCCUACCUACCCAGCCCCAGGAGGGAUGAGGGGACAGGGGGACGGGGUUGGGGGGUACAGGGGUCAGCCUCAUAAUCCAAACUAGUACCCAGAACCUGAGAAAAACACCUGAGAGAGGGGAAAAAAGCAACAUAAACACUUGCUGCAACACACGUCAGCCACCUUGGAGUUAUAUAUAUUUUUACUAGAACAAUUGGAGGGCAUUCUUUGUAAAGACUGCUUGAUUUGCACAAGGAAGUUUUAAAUGUUUGUGAAUGUGAAAAAACGUAAGGAAAGGAGAAGAGCCGAGUUUCAGGUGACCUAAACUCCAGCCGGGACUCUUUUACAGAAAAACAUCAUCAUGAAAACACUCCAUUCUGAGGCUUUGUUUCCCGUCGUCCGUCUGUUUGCCCAAAUGAUUAUUUCAUUUCAUUCCUUUUACUUUUUUUUGCAGAGUUUGUUAUCUUCAUUUUUUUUCAUUUGGACAAUUAAUUUUGUUUACUGCUUAUUUGCUAAAUGCAAGAGAUGAUGAUGAUGAUGAUGAUGUCGAGUGUUCUCUGUCCCUCUCCGUAUGAGAAGCAAAAAUAAUGUAGCAUAACAAAUGAAGGACAGUUGUUCAGAGUGUUUCUCCACAUAGACUGCUGCUGAAGGGUUGGGGAGGGGAGGGGGAGGGGGAAUGGGGAGGACGAUAGAAGCAGACAGUGGAAGGGAGGGAAGAGUCGAAAGGGGCCACAUGCGGGGUUUGUCGUCUUAAAAGAAAAAAGCUUUUAUAUUAAGCAGAGAUGGAGAGUGAGUUUGCUUUCUUGCUUGGCUGGAUCCUAUUUCCUUUUGACACAUUGUAAGUUACGGUAACGUUACAAUCAUGAUGUUACAGUCCGUACAGAGACCAAAGUUGGCAUGAGGAGAGAAAAGUCCACCAUUGUGUUUUUCUUAGUCUGUAUGAACGGAGAAGAGAAAAUAGAGAGCUUGCUUUGUUUGAUACCACACAUACAGCAGAGUUUUGGGCCAGUGUUCGUCCACUAUACUGAAAGGUUUGGAUUAAACUAAAUGGUACGCACAGACAGAGUUGGUCGAUGGGUUUGACCGUCUGGAUUCCGGGCACGUCGAGUUAGAAGCACUUAUCUAAGAGGAGAGCCCAGGCGAGGACGCACCGUACGGUCUGACACCAGAAACAAACAACCUUAGAAGCUGAAAGACGUUUUAUGUGUGGUUUUAAAACAAGAAGGUGUAUGUAUGUGCUAAAGUCUGUUUAAAACAAACAGGGACUUGUUGUUUUGGUUCCAGAACCUUUGAGACAAUAAGCUUUGAUCUGAGAGCAGGUAGGGGGCGGAGGGGUUCCAAGCUGACGACACAUGCUUUACGUGAUGAUGAUGACGAUUAAAACUUGAAGAACAUGCAAUCCAACAUUGCGUUAUGGUUAUGUAGGUUAGCAGUCACCCGGAGAGCUGAACUAACCCAGCUCCCAGACAGACUCACAGGACAGAUCAUCAAAGUGCACAGUGAAGCUUUUGAAGAGCAAAUUAUUUCAACAACCUACAAAAAAUAUAUAUAUUUUAUUUUUUAUGUGUUUCACUCAAACUUCAUACUCGGUGCUUGACUUUAUAAUCAGUGGAAACAUUUCAAAAAAGAAAACCAUUAUAACAUUGUACAAUAAACAUUAACAAAAUGACAAACAAAACCACAAUCUGAAAUUUCCAGUAUAUUCAGUCACCUCUACUUCCUGAUAUGAAACUUUCUAUUCUGAUUGGCUGUUGUUGUUUGUCUACUGUUUUACCGUUGGCUCUCCUUGCUGCCUAUCCAAUGAGCCAUCUCUCAGACAGACAAUGGGCACGUGUGGGGGAUCCUGUCUCUCCCAGACAGUUGUCUCCUCUCUGACUGUGUUAACCUCAGGCCCUAUUUGAAGGCCUUGUUGACAGGAGAGGCUAGUGCUGCAGCAGAGGGUUGAUUUUGUUCUCGGGGUCACGAAGACAGCUGUUGUAAAUGGGACAAGCUCAGCCCUUACAACUAUGAGGAGAAAGCCCCCUCCAAAUUGCUGCCCCUUACUAUGCUCUAUUGGGGUAAAGACAACACUGUGAGUGUGGUAAGGCCCACUACCAAAUUUGAUCAAACAGAUAGUUACACAUAAAAAUGUUUAUUCAAAUAAUUAGUUCAUGUCACAUUUUGAAAACACGCUCGUUACAAAGUCAGACUGCACCUGUCUAUUGUCUGCAAGGUCUCUACUAAACUACCAGUGGAAACCAGUAUGGUGAAGGGGUCACACCAGUGAGAACCAGUACACUCUUAAAAAGAAAGGUGCUAUCUAGAACCUAAAAGGGUUCUUAGGUUUUCCUCAUAAGAGAACACUUUGAAGGACCCUGUUUGGUUCCAGGUAGAACCAUUUUGGUUCUAGGUUAACCCUUUUGGGUUCCAUGUAGAACACUUUCCACAGAGUGUUUUACCCAAAAGGGUUCUAGCUGGAAGCAAAAGGGAUCUACCUUGAACCUAAAAUGGCUUAUCCUAUGAGGACAGCCGAAAAAAACUUUUUUCUAAGAGCGUAAAGUGAAGGGGUCAAACUAAUGUAAACCAGUAUAGUGAAGGGGUCAAACUAAUGGAAACUAGUAUAGUGAAGAUGUCAAACUAAUGUAAACUAGUAUAGUGAAGGGGUCAAACUAAUGUAAACUAGUAUAGUGAAGGGGUCAAACUAAUGUAAACUAGUAUAAUCAUCAAAUCAAAUUUAUUUAUAUAGCCCUUCGUACAUCAGCUGAUAUCUCAAAGUGCUGUACAGAAACCCAGCCUAAAACUCCAAACAGCAAGCAAUGCAGGUGUAGAAGCACGGUGGUUAGGAAAAACUCCCUAGAAAGGCCAAAACCUAGGAAGAAACCUAGAGAGGAACCAGGCUAUGUGGGGUGGCCAGUCCUCUUCUGUCUGUGCCGGGUAGAGAUUAUAACAGAACAUGGCCAAGAUGUUCAAAUGUUCAUAAAUGACCAGCAUGGUCGAAUAAUAAUAAGGCAGAACAGUUGAAACUGGAGCAGCAGCACGGCCAGGUGGACUGGGGACAGCAAGGAGUCAUCAUGUCAGGUAGUCCUGGGGCAUGGUCCUAGGGCUCAGGUCCUCUGAGAGAGAGAAGGAGAGAAUUAGAGAACGCACACUUAGAUUCACACAGGACACCGAAUUGGACAGGAGAAGUACUCCAGAUAUAACAAACUGACCCCAGCCCCCGACACAUAAACUACUGCAGCAUAAAUACUGGAGGCUGAGACAGGAGGGGUCAGGAGACACUGUGGCCCCAUCCGUAUAGUGAAGGGGUCAAACUAAUGUAAACUAGUAUAGUGAAGGGGUCAAACUAAUGUAAACUAGUAUAGUGAAGGGGUCAAACUAAUGUAAACUAGUAUAGUGAAGGGGUCAAACUAAUGGAAACUAGUAUAGUGAAGGGGUCAAACUAAUGGAAACUAGUAUAGUGAAGGGGUCACACCAGUGGAAACCAGUAUGGUUGAGAGCGUUAGCAUCAGAACGAGGAGGAGCGUUAAGGCCAUUGUUUUCUAGCUUUGUGGUGGUGGAGUGUAACCCUCAUGUUGAAUAAAUGAAUGACUGAUGCAGCUACUGAUGCAGUAGUAGCUAGUCCUCCCUCCCUGCUGAGUGUCUCCCCUGUAUCUCCUCCACCACAGCACUUAACCUUUGAGCCAAUCACCUUUAUCUACCAUACAUCCCACCCCUUUCAAUGCCCUUGGAGUAGUGCCCUAAGAUAAGCCAGAAGAGGCAGGUGGGGGGGGUCACUAGGCCACAGGAGGAGCUGAAAGCCCUUGAUAGGGAACACAUGCAAGGGAGGAGGGGAGUGGCAUGACACACUCCCUCUAAAGACGAGAGUCACU